UCAAUCCCAAUUGCCAACGAAACCAGCAGUAAAGGCAUCAACAAAAUGAAGGAAUUCUGGGGUUCAAUGGCGUCUUUGAUGGGAGUCUGGGCUUUCGGUCAGAGUCUGCUUCAAACGGUUAUUCCGCCGGAGCUCCGUUUUACUUUGUCAAAGUACAUCAACCGCCUCUUCAACUGGUGCUCAACCUAUUGCUAUUACGACAUAACCGAGAUCGACGGCGUCAACACGAACGAGCUCUACAACGCGGCUCAACUCUACCUCAGCACCUCCGCCACCGCAAACGGGAACAGCCGUCUCAGUCUCACUCGCGCCGUCAACUCAUCAUCGCUCACCUUCGGUCUAUCCAACAACGACCGUCUAAUCGACUUCUUCAGAGGCGUUCCGGUUCAAUGGGAACACGUCGUUAUUCAGCGGCAGUCACAGACGCUCUCCUGGCGGCACGUUCCUGAUGAGAAACGAGGAUUCACUCUCAGGAUCCGGAAAAGAGACAAGGCUCUCAUUCUCAACCCCUAUCUCGAUCACAUCACCGACAAAGCUAACGAAAUCAAGAGGAAAAACCAAGACAGAUUUCUCUACACCAAUUCCCGCGGGGGCGGCGGAUCCCUUGAUUCCAGAGGGCAUCCGUGGGAAUCUGUUCCCUUUAAGCAUCCCAGCACAUUUGAUACGCUGGCCAUGGAUCCGAAGAAAAAAGAAGAAAUAAUGGCGGAUCUCAAGGAUUUUGCAAAGGGGCAAUCGUUUUAUCAGAAAACCGGACGGGCCUGGAAGAGAGGAUACCUUCUCUAUGGUCCUCCGGGAACUGGUAAAUCCAGUAUGAUUGCUGCCAUGGCGAAUUACCUAGGGUACGACAUAUACGACCUUGAAUUGACAGAGGUUCACACCAAUUCGGAGCUAAGAAAGCUACUCAUGAAGACGAGCUCUAAAUCCAUUAUUGUUAUCGAGGAUAUCGAUUGCUCGAUUGAUUUCACCAAUAGAAAGAGUGCAAAAUCAUCAGGUAACCACUCCUCCUCCUCCUCCUCCGGCGGGCUUCCUCUCGGUGGCGGCGGCGGCGGUAACGAUGGAGGAGGAAACUCGAUUACUCUGUCCGGGCUGUUGAACUUCACCGACGGACUCUGGUCGUGCUGCGGAAGUGAGAGGAUUUUCGUUUUCACGACGAAUCACAUCGAGAAGCUGGAUCCGGCGUUGUUGAGAAGUGGAAGAAUGGACAUGCAUAUCUUCAUGUCUUACUGUUCGUUUUCGGCAUUGAAGAUUUUAUUGAAGAACUAUCUUGGUUAUGAAGAUGGGGAUUUGGACGAAGAUGUGGUGAAACAAUUGGAGAAGGUAAUCGAGGAGGCCGAGAUGACGCCUGCGGAUGUGAGCGAGGUGUUGAUUAAGAACCGGCGGGACAGUGAGAGAGCGGUUGCGGAGCUUACGGAAUCGCUCAAGGGUAGGGCGGAGAGGAAUAGGGCGGCGAAAGGCGUGGAAUUAGAAGAAGAAGAAGAGAAGAGGGCGUUGGAGAAGCUGACGGAUGGGAAUGAAGGCUUUGAUUCUACGGCGGACCAUUUGCCAGAAAGGUAAUGGUGAUUAUUAGCAUUUUCACCAUAUGAAAGUGACUAGCCACACUGAUUCGGUACCCUGUUGUUGUAACAGAGAGAGAUUUCCAAAUGGUUAAACAGAAAAUAAUAAUUAUUUUUAUAAU